AAUGGAUGAGUCCUUCAUGCCGACUCGAUUUGGUGUUCCCUUUGAUCAAAGGGUAUAAAAUGACCCUUAGUGCGAACACUCUGGAGACCACAGUUCCUCGUCUGUCUGUCUUUGCUCCGAAACACACACUAUUCUUUCUCGCACCCAAACUAGCAUGCGCUGCAUCUCUCUUGUCGUUUUGGUUUUGAGUUCUCGUGAGUCCGGUCUAGCAUUGGGAACAAUGGGGAUUAAUGUGUUUAUAUUUUUUUUUUCUUUCCUCUUAGUGGCGGUCCUCGUCUCGUCGUCGCCUGUACCUGUCGUUGAGGGUGAGGUUGAUGUAAGUCUUUCCAUUACGAUGGAUGACUUGCCAUGCUCAUUUUAUUGUAGGCUCGAAACCCCGAAGCCAACCCGGACCCUGCGGGGUGCCUCACAGCCCGAUUCUCUUGCUACAAAGUUUAGACUGCCACCAUCCUACCAUACGUACGUCGGCACACUCACUUACUUUCGUGUACCCUAUGCUGACUGGGUGUCCUAGGCCUUACCCCGUUGUCCACCUGAUCCCAUUCGUCGACCACCACACCCGUCGUCUAUAGCGUUACCAACUCUCGUUAACUUCCAACGUCGCUAGUCCGACUUGUUUUCAUUCAUCCAUUUACUUUCUUUCGUUUCCUUUCCAAAAACUGGACAUCUUCCGGU